CCCGAAACAAGAGGAACGCGGUUAUCAUGUUGUUGUUCACCAUGUCGGUGUAGAAGGAAAACAACACUCAGAAGAACCACCCUGUUCCGAGACGGAGUCUUUAAAAUGGCAGGAGAGGAGGAGAGGGGGGUGGUUCGUGUCAAAGUCAAGAAGUGUGAUCAGGUGCUUCCUAUGGAGUUUCGCUCCUUUGCUGUUGAUCCCCAGAUAACAUCACUGGAGGUCCUGCAGCACAUACUUAUCAGAGCCUUUGAUUUGAACGGGAAGCGGAAUUUCGGCAUCAGUUACCUGUCACGAGAUCGGAGUGGUGCUGAAAUGUAUCGGUCUCUGCUGUCUGACUGGGAUUUGGAUGUUGCAUUUGUGAGUGCAGCAAAACCAUAUCUGCUGCUCAAGAUGGACAUAAAACCUUCAGAAGAAAGUCCUGUUAUGGAGGACUGGGACAUCAUAAGCCCCAAAGACGUGAUUGGCUCUGAGCAACUUCUCCCAGAGAGGACCAGGUCUCUGGCAUCUGCGGCACUUCCCUUCACCCAGUCUCUACUGUCCCAGGUGGGCCGCACCCUAUCCAGAGUCCAGCAAGCCUUCAGCUGGUCUUACGGGGAAGAGAUUAAGCCUUUCAAGCCCCCUCUGAGCGACGCAGAGUUUCACAGUUACCUCAACGGACAGGGCCAGUUGACACGACCUGAGGAACUCAGACUGCGCAUCUACCAUGGUGGCGUGGAGCCUUCUCUGCGCAAGGUUGUUUGGCGGUACCUCCUGAACGUCUACCCUGAUGGACUAAGUGGACAGGAAAGAAUGGACUACAUGAAGAGGAAGACAAGGGAGUAUGAUCAGCUCAAGAGAGAUUGGACAGCCCGGGUCAGCUAUGACGAUCUUGAAUUCAUCCGUGGAAAUGUUCUUAAAGACGUCCUAAGGACAGACCGGGCUCAUCCAUACUAUGCAGGGUCAGAAGACAGUCCACAUUUGACUGCCCUGACAGACCUGCUCACUACAUUUGCCAUCACACAUCCACAGAUAUCAUACUGUCAAGGCAUGAGUGAUAUUGCCUCCCCUAUACUUGCGGUAAUGGACAAUGAGGCACAUGCCUUCAUUUGCUUUUGUGGCAUCAUGAAACGCUUGGAGGGAAACUUCCGACCUGAUGGGCAGCUCAUGUCUGUUAAGUUCCAGCAUCUAAAGCUGCUUCUGCAGUACUCCGAUCCCGAAUUCUACACUUACCUGGUGUCCCGAGGAGCUGACGACCUCUUCUUCUGCUACCGCUGGCUGCUCCUGGAGCUCAAGCGAGAGUUUGCAUUUGACGACGCUUUGAGGAUGCUCGAGGUAACAUGGAGUUCCCUGCCCCCUGAUCCUCCUGAAACCGAAGUGGAGCUUCUCGGACUACCAGUGGAAACCAAUUUAAAUUUAGAGAUGUCCUGCAAAGAUAACUACAAGACAGUUGAAACUUGCUUCAGAGAUGAUGGGGAACAAAAAGAGAAGCAGCGUAGACGACAUAUGCUGAGGCCUUCAAGAGAAGAACCAGAUGUGAGCAGGAAUACUGUCAUAGCAGAAAAAGACGAAAGAAAUGUAGUCACUGAAAAGAGAAGCGAGGACAAUGAAUAUGAUAUUCCUCAAAUGACCAUGGAAAAGGCAGAUUUGCAGGCUCCUGCUUUUGAAAGGCAAACUAGUUUUGGAGAGUUUAAAUACUACUCUGCCCGAAAUGAAGAUAGCUUUCAUAUGGAGGAUGCUGAUCAUCCAAAGGGUUUGGUGUCUUCAAAGUCAAUAACAAGCUUCCCAAGUCGCCAGUCCACAGUUGACAGUGAGGAGGACCUAGGAGAGAGAACACCUCUCAUAAAAAACUGUGACAAUGGUUUCUCCCAAAUGUCAUCACCUCCUCUCUUUCCUAGUGGCCUACCAAUCUGGAAAACUCUCCCCUCUGUCCCUUUCACAUCUUUAGCUUCACCCUCCAGUUGGCCAGGUGCUUCUCCAGAUUCUCCUCCAAAAUCCCCAUCCACAACCAAUAGAAGUAAGGGCUUACUUAGAACUGUCCCUAAAGUACUGACCUCCUCUGUCCAACUGCUUAGUACUACAGGGAGUAAGUCGCCCACGACCCCGACUGUAAAAACAUCUGAUGCCUCUCCAACCCACACUCAGAAUCUAUUCCUACUCUCUUCCCCCAUUAUGUCCUUUGGAAAAGGCCCCUCACUGUCUGGCAGCAGGUCGUCCUCCAACAAUUUCCCCUCACCUGGAUACAAAUCCACCAGUACCACAGCUAACAUGACCAGUUUUUUAAAAGCUGAGACCACCAGCAUCAAGCCAUGUUCUUUGCCGCCUCCUCAAGAGUUUGGCAAAGGAAAUCCUUUCAUGCUGUUCCUGUGCCUGUCCAUCCUGCUGGAGCACCGAGACCACAUCAUCAAAAACAGUUUGGAUUACAAUGAACUAGCCAUGCACUUUGAUCGCCUUGUGCGACGCCACAACCUGAGCAGGGUGCUGCAGCGAGCCAAGGCCUUAUUUGCAGACUACUUGCAGAGUGAAGUGUGGGACUCGGAAGAAGGGGAUGAGGUUAGUUUGGACUCCCCAACAACAGCUACUGCUGUUCAACACUCCCCCUCUUCAACCUUCACUGCCAGGCCCAUUUACAGCCCUUUAGCAUCAACUCAGUCAUUGUCUCCAAACUCAACCUAUAACAUCGCACACACCAUUCCCUCCCCAUCAGCUCAAGUUUCUUGAUUGCAUCAUGCAUCAUUGGCUUCCCAUCCUCGGUGAACUGCUAAAUUGACUGUUUAUAGCGCAUUGGAGGUGAAGAGUGAUAUUUUUAGACAGCCUUCCACAUUGAAUUGGGCUGGUAAUGAUCUUCUCAUUCUGUGUAUGUUUGAAUACAUACUGUAUAUUUCUUAUGUCUGUAAUCAUCGUAAUAUGUCAUAUUUUUAGCCAUUUUACUGUGUGUCCUUGAGGGGAUGAGCGAGCUUAAUAUCUCAUAGGUUGCUCAUGCAUGAAAUGUUAAAGCAUGUGAUCUGGUGUUUGGCUGUCUGAGUUUUGCCAGAACCAAGAAAAGUUUAGCCCCUUGGUGCAGUUAGCCUGUGUUGCCAUUUUUACAAACUUUGUAAAUUGACCCACUCUCUGGCCUUAUGACCACCUUCUCUUUUGCCAAUUUGUGUUUCUUGGGUAGCCUUUUCAAUAUACAGUCCAGAUAUAACGCAAUUUCCUCAAAACAUAGGAUAAGAAAGCUUCUCGCCAUGGGAUGCCUGGUUUUGUUUUAAAAUGGGGGAGCAAACUUGGAAAGAUGCAUAAUGGCGGCGGUGUCUGGGGGUCGUCCCCCAGGAAAAAUUAAUUGUAAUUUAAAAACAAAUUUCCUGCAUUUCUAUACAACUAACGUCUUGGAUUAAGAAACAUUCUGUUUACGAUUCUGUCAGUAUCACAUGGUGAUAUUUUGUUAAACCAGCGCUAGUGCAUCAGUGACAGUGAGUCUUUCAAAUCAAAAUGAUAAUAAUUCAGAUGUAGCAUGCGCUAACCAAAGUCUGACCGCAGGGUUUUCGCAUUUUUCUACAGAACAGCUGAUUCAAAUAACUGCACUCCCUCCCGACAAACGUGAAUUAGAUUGGUCCCAGGGUUGGCAAGAUGAUAGAAACUCAGACAAAUGCACACUGAGACAUCUGUUAUUAUAGUAUGAUCAAAGUUUAACCUUCUGCAUGAUGGCUUAGCGUUUAGCAGCAGGCUCAACUAUUAGCAACAUUUGCCAAUAUUGUAGCGAGCCUCAAAUCACAGUAAAUUGUCUCAAAGGCAGGCAAAAGACAUUGGGAUCGGCAUGAAUUGAUGCGAAGGCCUUAUUUCAACUUAAGUGACAAAUUCAUGCUUAUCCUGCGGUUUAUGAAUAUAAUUUGUUUAUGAAUAUAAUUUGUUUAUGAAUAUAAUUCGUUUAUGAAUAUAAUUCAUAAACAUACAAAGAUGAGAGCAAAAAGGGAGUGGAGGGAAGUGACCGAAAGGGCUGGAAUUCCUGCCGAGUUCUGGGUUCAGUCAGAGGCUCAACCCCAUAGACAUGAUCGGUGCGACUGUUGCUAGCUUACAGCUAAUGUUUGUGCAGUCAGUACAUCAACAAUUUUGGCGAAUAAACACAGACUGCUAAAACGACCCAGCACUCAAAUUCAUGUAAAGGAUGUGAUGCAAAAAAAUUGCUUCACUUUCUAUCAGCGCACCUUGAUAUAAGAGACUAGUGCAGUGCCCAUUGUGUGCUAUAUGUGCUCGUGCCGCUGGUUCUUGGAUUUGGAAGUGGGUCCCUGCACACGUUUACAGUCUUCACAUCAUGACUGCAAAAGCUCCCGUGAAAAUGUUAUGGCUUCAAUAAAGUAAAAUGCGUAUGGCCCAGGUUUCAUGAACACUUUGGAAGAUGGUGUUUUUAAAUUUCAAUUCUGGCAUAUCUUACACAUUCACCUUUUUAAAUUGCUUACCUGCUAAAAGUGGUUACAUGAUUCAAAUAUUUUCCUGCAGUAUAGGUCGGGUGAGACAUAAAGGAACAACAUCAGAGAUUUGGGGUUUGUGCAAUGAGUAAGCAUCGGUGAUAUGUUCACAUGGACGGUUUAAAUUUAGCUAGAUCUUUUUUCUCUUCUUUUUUUUGCUUGUUUGUUUUUUCAACUUUCAAUGUGACUCAGCCAAUCACAACCGAGGCACAGAUGAGGUUAUUCAUGUUUUCAUUUAUUCAUUAAAUAAUGUCUCUAAUCCAAUUAUUGGUCCAUAGCAAGGGUCUCAAUAGGUGGAACAGGACAGAGCAGCUGACCAUUAUUGUAUUGAAGGCGACACAGAAUGGUGAUAUCUUGUAAACAUGUUCCACUAUGAGGAUAUGUGAACGCAGUACAGAGAGAUCCGUUUAGUGUUGGUCUCCAUUGUACACAUACUAUUCUGGCGAGUGUUGAUACCGUAUGUGCUGGACUCAUACGUUCAUACUACAACAAUAGUGAAGUAAGUACUGUACAUUAUUUAAUUCAUUAUUCAGAAAUGUAUCAUUUAGCACUUUAGUUAUUGCUGUUUCCCAAAGACUGUCCUUUUGCUCUGUUUUCUGUGUUAUUAUUUCACCAUGGCAAUGGGGCUAAUUUAAUGCACAAUUGCUAGUAUCACAUGUUGACUGUCUUUAUACUUGCUUUCUGUGUUUGCUGAUGAGAAGGUAGUAACUGAGUCCUGGCUGUUUAAUGAAUAUCUUCACCAUUAAUUCUUUAGUGUGAUGUUAUAAAGUGGAAUAUGAUGUGAUGCCAUUAUAUUAUUAGCCUAUGUGCAGUCUUUUGGCAGAGAAGUGCCUCACUUGUUUGAAUCAGUAGCCUUGAUUUAUAGUUUAUUUUGUGCUCUUAACAUCUGCGUACAUUGUGCCAUCAUGCAGGCGGAUUCAAACGCAAGUUAAAGGGCUGAAUGAUUUAAUAAUUAAUGGACUGACAUUGGCUUGUGUCUGGCUGGCGAGCUGUGACUAACCUCUGAUGGUUUUUAAGAAGAGUGCGACUGGACAUGGUGUUCACUGCAGAGGCAAAACCAUUUGAACCAUUUAGGAUACUUCACAGCAUCCAACCAAAUUCUAUAUAUAACUACAUGAUUCUUACCUUAAUGUCUUAUUGACUUUUUUGGAAGCUCAUUUCUGGGGAAACAUUGCUAUGCCUCUUUGAUCAUUUUGAAGUUGAACUAUUGCUGCUUCUGAAUUUAAAUGAUAAAAUACGAAGUCUUAAAAUAAGUAUUUGAUUCGAGUCACAAUUAUGAGAUACUGAAUCUAAAUGAUAUACUUGUAUAUCAUUAUCAUACAAAAUAACAAUAGAAAAAUAAAUGACUGAAUUUGGACCUACACAUGUAUUUCUUAUUCCUUAAUUUAAAUCUUUGGGCAUCCUGGGUGGCUUUGGAUCAGGAAGUAAUGCAUUAGUCAGAACAUCAGCUCCUCUAGUCUGCAUGUGUCCUUGUCCAUGGGCAAGAUACAGAACCCCAAUUACUCCAAAUGUGUUUGUGUGAAUAAGCAUUAGAUUAGAUGAUGAGCGGUUUGGAACCUCUUGUAAAAGUUCUUUGAGUGGUCGGAAGACUAGAAAGGCGCUAUAUAAAUGCAAGUACAUUUACCAUAUUUAAAAAUGUCUUGCAUCAAAAUAUAUUGCAUAAAAUAAUACUGGCCAAAAGAAGAAGAGAUGUUCCUACUGCUGUGUGUCCUUAGAAUAAUUUUAUUCUAAACAAAGCAGACCUGUACAAAAACAUGUAAGGCAGACUUUCAUUAAGAUGUAAUUUAGCUUUUCACUGUAGUGGAAAUCAUGCAUCCAAAGGGUUUAUCCUGUUUCGAUUUGGUCCAAAAAUAUAUCAAAGGUAACUAAAACAACAAUGUCAUUUUUCAUUUGCGUAAUUGUGAGGACUGAAGAGCUAUCCUUAAUUGUUAAGAAGAAAAAAGAUCAUAACAUGUCUAAUUGUAACACAAGAAAACCACCAGUCAGCAACAGUAUGCUCGUGUACCAUAAUAUUAUUAUUUUGGUUUGUUUGUGUCUGUUUAUUUUCAAGAUAUGAAAACGUUGACAAGGCUCAGCUGUAUUUGUUGUGCACUUUGAUUAAAGUAAUGUCGAUGACGCCGCAGAGAGACAACACAGUGUUAUGUGUUAAUAAAUCUUAAGAGAUGCACAUCUUGGUUUUGUAAUAAGGCCCCCGGAUCCCCACAUUUUCUCCCAACUCAUUGUUGAUGUUACAGACCUCAACACUUUGGGGAUACGGGGCACCAGAACAAAGUCAGGAAGUGUAUCUUAAGUGUCACAUUUUUUGUUUGUUGGUUUUUCGCAGCAUUGUUUACAUUAAGGCUUAAUUUUUGGUUUUGAGAGGCCUAUAUUAUAUAUUCUCAGUAGUCUGUAAUGCAGAAGGCUGGACAGGAAGUGUGAUGGCUCCACCUCCAAUAGGGUAAUCCCUCUUUGACAAGUGCUUCUGUUUUAGGCAGAAACUAAAGUAACUCACAUGUCUUUAGAGAACCCCUUGUGAUUAUUGUGGUUGUUACUCUGAAAUUUGGUUUCACCUCCUUUUGUAUAUCAGUAUUUAAUAGUAUAUUUUAAACAAACUGAAGUAACUGGUAUAGCUAGUCUAUGAGCUAGCAAUAUUUGAAUUUGUAAAAUAUUUGUUUAUCUCAUUAAAUGAUAUAUGUGCAUAAAGGUUAAACUUUUUAAUCUUCCAAGACACAAUGAUGUUACUGAUUGUAUAUCGGACACAAAUAAAUAAGCAAUGCUACUGA